UCAACAUGAGUAUGUCGACUGUGAAGGGUCCGAAUAAUGACAAAAAAAUGAAUGCGAUACUAGAUAAUUCAGCAGGUAAUGAUUCUGGUUUCAGAGGUCGAAAACGACAGAAAUCGAUUGAUAAGUACAAGAGGAAAGUGACUUCAAGUUACAUUGAUUUGAAUGGAUCUGAAGAUGAUAGUUCCGAUAGUUCAAGAAGUGCUUCAGGAAAAUCUUCUUGUUCAUCAUCCUCAAGUGGCAGGUCGAAAAGUGCAACCAAUAAACACGGAAAACGUCAGGUGACACCAGAGCGCAAGCAAAAGCGAAGCUCAAAAACACCCCCACGCAGGUUCUCGAAGCAGAAGUUCAGAAACCCUGUCAAGAACGAACCGAAAAUUACAAAAAUGUCGCUGGCUAAAAGCAGGCACAUGAAUAGAAUACGGUACGCACUGAGUCCCAUUUCAGGACGCAAGUUGUACCCCCUGGAACCGAACAAGAGUAAUCAACCUGUGUAUGCUAGUUCAGGCAAGCUGGGUAGCCGAGUAACUGCUAGCGGAAUCAAGUACACAUUUCUUCUGGAAAAAGUAUUACAAGCGCAACUAAACUCCGCUGCAACCUCUGAACAUUCAGACUCGAUGGCAGCCGCCGAUGUGAUGAGCUCAAGUCUUGCAGUGUCUUUAGCGAAAGAGAAGUCUUGUCCGAUCAUUCCUCAAGAUAGGUCAAAGAAUAAAUCCAUGAAUACAAGUUGUUCAAAUGAUGUGAAAAACAUCGCUGAAGUGGAAGGUAAAGAAGUUGGCCGAGCUGGUCAAUAUAUGGAUUCUACAGGCGUUCCUUCGAUUCAGAAUCAUGGAAACCAUCUGAGUCCUUACCACUCAAUGGUACCGAAUCAUAUGUUUCCGCAAUUGAUGCAUCAACACAUGGCCUAUAUUCAACAACCAUCUCAGCAAGAACUAAAUACAAACACGAGUCAUUUACCGAAAAUGGUAAGAAGAUGCCAGGAUGCUCCGGUGGAUCAAAAGAGCUCAUUGGAUGUUCCGAUUGGUUAUCACGGGUUGAGCUUCAAUGGGGGUAUAGGAAUGAUGCACCCAGCUUUCGUGCAUCCUCAUUAUGCACAAGGUCAUCCUUUCAUGCCUUCGAUUCCCAUGUGCCAAGGGCCAUGUUGCAGGAUUCCCACAGCAAGUGUGAUAGAUUAUUGCUCAGUUACAGCCGCAAACCAGAUUUGCUCUGACCAUGCGAAAACUGGCUCAGCAAAUGAGGCAAAGGAACAGUCCAAAGUCAUUCACGGACCGAGAAAUGAAAUGAAGGAAGAAUGAUUAGAAAUGUGUGCGAUUUUGUGUUAUCUAUCUUUAUUUGUUUUGUUUCUGUUAAUUUGUAAAAUAUGUAAAUUGUUGAUAUGUUAAUGUUUACAAAUUUUAA